AUGUUGUACAGGGCCACAUGGGCCCUGUACUUACAGGGGCGCCAAAUGGCGCCUCCUAUAGAGGUCUCCGUCACUACUGGCGAAGAAGACGAACAGCCCAUCCUCGAUCUAAAGGCGAAGCUUUAUCGUUUUGACAAAGACGGAAACCAGUGGAAAGAGAGAGGCGCUGGUACUGUCAAGUUCCUCAAGCACAAGGAAACUGGAAAAGUCCGCCUUGUUAUGCGCCAAUCCAAAACCCUCAAGAUUUGUGCAAAUCAUCUCGUUCUUUCGACAAUGACUGUCCAGGAGCAUGCAGGGAAUGACAAGUCCUGUGUGUGGCACGCACCGGAUUUUGCAGAUGGUGAACUCAAGGAUGAAAUGUUUUGUAUUAGAUUUCCAUCUGUAGAGAACUGCAAAACCUUCAUGCAAACGUUUCAAGAGGUUGCUGAAUCCCAAAAGAAAGAGGAAAAUAAAGAUGCUUCUGCGACAGCUGGGCUGCUAGAGAAGUUAAGCGUUGAAGAUAAUACCAAAGUGGAAGAUAAAGAAAAAGCUGAAGCAAAAACCGUGGAGGCCCCCACGGCAGGCAAGGAGAAGGUAUCUGAAAGUGCAGAGAAGGAUGAAGGGCCUGUUCCAUCUACAUGA